GGUUCAUUACACACGCGAGAGUUACCAGUCGUUUCUGAUGGAUCCCAGUGUGAACGUGUUGACGUAGAUCUCACCGGGUAUCAGCUACGUAAGGAGAUAUACAGCCCCAGUUGAUUAAAAUGGCGAAGUUUCGGACGCUUUGUAUAUGUCUGCCAGUGAUUGUUGUUGUAAUAUUUGCUGCUAAUCAAAUUCACCAAUUAAAAUUUCUGAGCGACGCCAGCUCGAGGAUCCGUACAAGUUAUCUUGAUGACCAACAACCAACUUCAUACGUACAGGUCAUAAACCAGAGUAGCUCUAUCCAGAUCGAGGCUACAACAAAGGCGCCUAAGAGACUUAAACCACAACCGGUUGCACAAGAACAACUUAAAAGUUCGAGUGGUCCUAUUAAGAUCGAGAAAACAACGCCAAAACCGAAGAUGAAUGCAUCUUCACCCACUACAGAUAGCGUUUUACUAAGUUAUUUGGAGGAAACUGUGAUUAAAAAUGUAAAUGACUUUGACCGGUGGACGAACACCAACAGAAGCGUAACCGUGGUAACAGCUUUCUUCGACAUUGGUAAAUAUCCUAGAGGAAGCAAAUCCUCUCGAGGACCGGACAAGUACAAGCAAUGGAUAAGAGUAUUUCGCCUUAUUCAAAACCCCAUAAUCUUCUACACAGACAGUGAAGAGUUCGAGAAGAUAUUUAUCGAUCUCAGGAAAAAUGUUACGUCUAAUACCAAAGUCAUCCGCUUAUCACGUGACGCAUUAUGGUCAUUUCAAAUAAAACCCAAAGUAGAAAAGAUUUUCGCAAAUCCUAGAUAUCCGAAACACAAGCCCUAUACGACAGUUCCUGAUUAUACCUGUACCACGCAUUCAAAGUUUCCAAUACUUGCCGAUGCGGCAAAAAGAAAUAUUUAUUCAUCUAAGUAUUUUGCGUGGGUAGAUAUUGGUUAUUUCCGAGAAAUUGAAAACGCUACAAAUAAAUUCUGGUUGGAAGUUCCGACAGAAUUCGAUAAAACGAAAAUUGGCGCCACGAGAAUAUUUAACUCUCGACAUUCAGGAAGUGCAAGUUCUAUCAUCAGACUCAGCAUGAAUUGGAUUGGCGCGGGCAUAUUCCUUGGUGAACGUAACAUAUUUUUAACAUUUACAGAGCAGUACAAACAGUCUGUGAUGCGUUUUUUAAACAAAGGACUUAUCAGCGUAGAGCAAUACAUGCUUGGAGCAAUGUAUUCGAAAGUCGAGCGAAUUGCAUACCCUCCUAGAGUAGAGAUACAGGCGUUCCAGCCGAUUAAUGGUAGGACAAAAACAACUGACCCGUGGUUUUACCUUGGUUUUCUAAUGUACAAAGAGGUUAAAUAAGGAUUUGAGCCUUAUUCCGAAGAAUUGACGUAAAAUUGCUGAACCUCGUGUCCAGAAAUGCAGUCAGCGAUCACCAAUUCCAAAAGGCAACGUUGGACUAUUUAAAACCAUUGAUUCUACAAAUGGGAAUAAGGUCGCUUACCCAUCAUAUCAACGGAAGUGGCGAUGGCCACAGGUGAUAGUGUCUAACGAUUGCUUCUCUGUUGUCUAUUGAACAAGAAAGGAAGAAUGUACUUUGACCAUAAUUUCCAAAGAGGUGAAGUCAGACGAUUGGCCUUGAACCUGGAGUCUUCAUUAGUUAAGUCAAUAUAUUGACUCUAGGGUCGAGUCAGCGGUGACGUCAGACCGUUGAAUCUGGCCCGGAAUCCGAAGCGGUGAUUUCAGACAAGUGACCUUCACCUUAGGGUCAAAACGUGAAUUUACACCAAUGGCCGUGACCCGAGACUCUCAAGUGUUGAAGUUGAAUUUGUUGAAGUUGAAGGUACCCCUACGACCAGAAGCGUUGAAGUAAGACUAUUUUAUACUGAAUCUAAUGUCCGCAAAUACCUGUUUACGUCAGAUAUGGCUGAGUGCACAGUGAACUAUCCUCCCUAGAGGCCACAGCUAUCAUUUCACGUUUUGUCAGCCUUGAUAGCUUUGUACUAAAAUGUCAUUAUGACGUUUCAAAAUUUGACUAUGAAAGUUUUUUGGAGCGGUCCCGAAUUCCGAGUUCAUUUUGGCGUCGUCUUAAAUUCUCUUACUUGUUCGAUAUGGUAUUUUGACACGGAUGAUAUAUUCACUAGAUGAUAGUGAAUAUUUGCAAUUUUUACAACAGCAAAACUAUCAUUUGUCAUCAAGUUACUACACUUAUGAAUCGAAAAAAAUUCGUUGAAUGUCCGAUAACGUCCGGAUAGAAAACAAAUGAAAAUACGUUGAAGAAAAAAAGAGAAUUUAAUGUUUUAAGACAACAUAUACAUUUUUGAAUCAAUCCUAUCCUAAAGUAUCACAUGUAGUGUCUGACAGAUAUACAUAUAUAUAUUGUUUUUCGUUUGUCAAUAUAAUAUAAAGAUUUUUUUGUGUGGAAAAAUCAGAUUUUUUUCAACGAUAAUGUUUUGUAAAAAUCUGUCAUAUUAAUGAUAAGGCAGUGCAAUGUCUGGGUCCUGGUAUAUCAUACCAUACAUACACAACGAUACAAAACA